CCCGCGACGAACCUGGGCUUCGUCACGGCCCGAUCCCGCGACGAACCUGGGCUUCGUCACCCGAUUCCGCGACGAACCUGGGCUUCAGCGUCCGAUUCCGAUUGGCAAACGAUACGAUGAUGAUGGCUAGAUUAUACACAGGCGAGAGCGGCUUUCUCGAGCUGAAGCGAAAAGUCGAGAAGGGAGAUUUUCCCCAACCUGUUGCUGCACAUCACUCGCCAAUUGUUGCGCCUCCUCAUCGCCAAACCUUGUCGCCGGCUGCGGGCACAACAAUCCUCUGGUCUCCUUCCAUCGAAGUCUUCUCUCUUCCGGAGGCGUCUCCCUCCUCUUCCCCUUCGCGCAUUGGACUUAGAUCCCUCCGGACUUGGAUCGGUCUCGUCUUCUGUUGACCAUCUCGCCGAAUUGGCCUAUUCGAGGCAGACAUUGGGGUGGGGUGAGCGGGGGACUGUGGAACCAUCCGGUGGUACAGUGCUGUGUCCAGGCGAGAUGACGGUGGAGGUGUGCCUGAGCAACAAGAGGAGGAAGGUCAUACCAUCCAGUAACGUGGUAGUGCUGCCAGAUGAGAUCAUGACAGAGGUGUUCCUGCGGCUUCCCAUCAAAUCCAUCCUCCGCUUCCGGGCCGUCUGCCGCUCCUGGGCUGCACUGCUCUCUUCAGAGGAAUUCUGCAGCCUUCACAUGGCGGCGACCGAGGUGGCAUCGACACCGCCUAAGCUGUUGUUUGUCUCGCCUACAGCAAACUUCAACUGCACUGCAGUAUACUCUUGCUCGCUAUUGGGCCGUGUAGAUGACCUAUUGUUCACCCUUGAAGAUGCUCGUGGCAACUUUGUGGAUGUGUCGCCUGCACCUUGUCGUGGCCUCACCCUUCUAUAUGAUGGUGUUGUGCCAGCAUACUACGUCUGCAAUGCAGCCACACGGGCAGUCACACGGCUGCCACCUUGCUAUGGUGUGCCAUAUGCUACUGCUGGGCUUGGAUUUGAUGCACAGACCAAGAAGUACAAGGUGGUGAGGUUUUUCCAAGGGAGAGGUCAUGAGAAACAAUCUUUCUAUUGUGAGGUCUACACACUCGGUGGUGAGGAUGGGGAUCACUGGAGGCCGGUUUCUGGAGGAGUACCCUUCAGGUUCUGCAGUUUUGCUCGUUCAGCUAUUUGGUAUGCGGUGUUCAGAAAAAUGCAGCCGGUGUUUAUGGAUGGUUUUCUGCAUUGGUUGAUCGAACCUGCGUUUUUCACCAAAAUGCCAAGGGCUGCUAUCAUAUCCUUUUCUCUCACAAAUGAGACCUUCAGCUGGAUCCGGUCACCACCUUUUGUGGUAUCAGGAGCCCACUUAGUCGAGCUUGAUGGUCACUUGUGUAUGGUCCGAGAUCUCCGUAGUGGCUUUCCUGCCGGUAGCAUGCUGGAGAUUUGGAAGCUCAAGGACUACAGCUCUGGUGAUUGGUCACUGAAUCAUCGAAUCCAUUUGUCAGGGCAUGUGCCUGCAAGAGAUUUUCUUGAGCCACAGGUUGUGAAAGUCAUUGGUUCCUUUGGCAAUAGCAAAUCAAGUAACAGGAUACUCAUCGGGACAUCCAAGCACAAGGUGUUUGCCUAUGACCCUAUGUCUGAGACUCUAGAAACCAUUCACUCAACCAUGGGGAUUCAGACAUCUUGUCAAUUUGAGCCCUCUGAUACCCGAUUCAGUUUAUUUAGAGAGAGCCUUGCGCCAGUGCAUAAAACAAAGGAAGAGAUUGCCCUCUCAUCUCCCUUGGCUAAGGUGACUAAAGAGAUCCUGCUCAGACUCCCAGCUGAAUCAGCUCUAAAUUUCAAACUUGUCUGUAAGCUGUGGCUCAGAUUGAUUAAGAGGGAAAGCUUUGCUCAUUCAUUCUUUUUGCGUAAGAAUAUGGACAAAAGGCCAAAGAUCAUGCUUGUUGGCAAGGGCACUGGACAACAAGGCUUCAGUUUUAUUCCCUUAAACAAAUGGCUUCAAGAGACAUCUAAUGAAGGGGCAUUUCUUGACACAAAGGUUGUUUGCUCCAAGCCUUGCCAUGGGUUGAAUCUGGUAAGCAUUAAGAAAAAGGACUAUCUGUACAACCCAUCUACAGGUUUUCACAGGAUCUACUUGAACAAACGGGCACAUAUGCACCAACUGUGGAAACUACCUAUUGAUUCCGUUCAGACAGAAGACCACCCUUUUUCAGUCGGCAAUAAGAAUGUUGGCUUGGGGUUCAACCCAUUGAUUCAGGAGCAUGUUACUGUAGAAAUGUUCUAUCCCUUGAAGGACUACAAAUCUCGUCAAUAUUACUUAACAUGCUCUCUGUGGAGUUGUAACUCCGGGCAUGUCCAACAGCUUCCUCCACCGCCUCUUCCUGUGAGCGACAUGCCUCCUGCCUAUUUGGAAGGGAUGCUGUACUGGAUGAGCGAACCAAGGUUGGGUCAGAGUCAUAAGCGGGCCAUUGUCUCUUUCAACAAUGCCACUAAGAUUUUUGAUGUCAUCCCUUGCCCUUCAUGCAUUGCGAUAUGGAACAGCAGCAGUCCAUGUCACGCAUACGUGGUAGAGCUUGAGGGGGUGUUGUGCGCUGUUCUUGCAAAUCCAGCUGUAGAUGAGUUAGAUAUUUGGAAGUGGGAGCUUGGUCAAUGGUAUAGAGCAUAUACAAUCUAUUUGAAAUCCUGGUCUGACUAUUCCCUUGGAACAAAUAUUGUGGUGCCUUUGGCAAUUGACCCAACAGACGGGAGGGUCCUACUAAGUACCGGGAGGAAGCUAGGUUUAUAUAAUCCAUUGAAGCAAGCAAUUGAAAACUCUUUAGCACUUGAUCAAACGCCACUUUUCGCACGGAAAGAGCAAACAUCGUGCCUUGGAGUUCAUCCGGAAUUACAUAUUACCAAACGGAAGCAUGUUGACAGAAAGUCCUCUCAAUGGAAACCAUCUAUGGAUCGGUACGAGUCUUUUGCUCAGCCUUCUAGUGCUUCAUUGGGGAAGAAUUUGUCACACUCCAGAGACCAAUCUAAGGAGGAGAUUAAUAGAAUGAGUAAACUUAUGCCCCUUGUUCCUAUGAUCUAUGAGGAGAGCCUAGCAUAUUAUCCCGGUGCUGCGAAAGGAAGAGUUCUAAAGUGACAUCUUAUCAAAAGCUGACAUUUCCACGUCAGACAUGUUGGUUAUGCUGGAUGUAUUUGGCUGUCACUGUAACUUAUUGUUGUUGGCUGGCUGUGCACCAAGUUCGUGUAUUGUGGAAGCGUGAUACUUAUGUUUUAUCGCUUGCCAUGAACUAUUUGUGGUUUGGUCAUUUCAAGCACUGUUUGUUCAGAGUCAGUUCUU